AUGUAACAUAAAAUUUAAGAAGAAAUUGAAGAAUUAAAAAAGGAUAUUUAACGCUUAGGUACAAAGAAUGCAGAAGGGAAAUAUGUUGUUAAAUUUGGAGUCUUAUUCAAUGAUGAGAAAACAUAACAAUAUUAUGAAGUAUUCUAUAUCAAUAUUCUAUGGCACUUGUUGGUACAUUGAGAGCAGCCAAAAAGUAAAAUGUCCUUGAUUUUUAAGGUUAAAUGCUGUUAAAAGGUGCUCAUGAUAAUGUUGACAUCAUUUUGA